CUUUCAACGUCCACCGGCAUUUGCCACCCUACAGUUCCCGACAUGUCAUUGACUUGAAGCGGUGGGAAGAGUUGCUUCAUGUCAAGAUAAUCUGUUAUUUACCGAGUGUUUUAUUCACCAUCGAGAGGAGCAAAAGAUCUUCGUUUCAUAAACUCGGCCAUGAGGAAUCUUUGGACCAAAGCAGGUGUUUUCGGUUCAGUGUCGGUGGCUUUCGGUUCAAUGCUGUGGUCACAGAAGCAAGCUGAGUCGGACCAGGUGGCUUCCAGUUGCACCUCCGCUGAUACAAAUCCUAGUUCUCCCUACGAACUCAAAUUGGUCCAAGUGCUGUUCCGACAUGGUGCUCGAACGCCGCUAAAGUCAAUACCUGGUGUUAUGGAGGUCCAGUGGGUGCCGAAACUCUUGGAGCCUCCGGCACACACCCACAUCAACUAUGAAGUGACAGAUCUUCACGGGGGCCCGAGACCCCCGGCUCCUGUAGAAGACAGCUAUCGUCAAAACGUCCUGAAGGGUGGCACGUUCCCCGGUCAGCUGACCACAUUGGGCAUGCAGCAGCUGUAUGAGCUGGGCGAGAAGCUACGGAGGAGAUACGUUGAGGAGACCCAUUUCCUCAGCUCCACCUUUAGCCCAGCUGAGGUCUAUGUGCGCUCCACAAACAUCUUGAGGACCAUUGAAUCUGCCAAGUGCCUGGUAGCCGGGCUCUUCCUGCAAAAACAAACAGAAAUUGUCCCCAUAUUAACAAUGGAGGCAGCAUCUGAAACCCUGUAUCCUAACUACCGGGGAUGCAAGCUGCUCAAAAUUCUUGCCAGCCACCGCUGGGCAGAGUCGUCCACUCUGCCAGACAUUGCAGCAGACCUGCGGAGCAUCUACAGCGCGCUGGGCAUCGCCGCUCACCAGCACAUCGACUUCAUCCUCAUUAGGGACGACAUGGUCGCCAGAGAGGCGCACGGCCUGGCCUGCCCAUCAGAGCUGGACAGCUGGAGGAACACAGUGGAGCAGAGAGCUGUGGACAUGAUCUGCCACGUGUAUGGACACAACAGCAGCACGGAGAACUUGCAGCUGUGUGUGGGACCCCUGCUGCACUCAUUCUUAACCAACAUUGAGAAGAAACUUGAGGGCACCUUACCAGAGCCAGACAGGAAGCUAUUUCUGUACUCCGCACAUGAUACCACUUUGAUCCCCUGUUUGAUGGCUCUGGGCAUCUUUGACAUGAGAUGGCCACCAUUUGCCGCCGAUAUCACUAUGGAGCUGCACCAACACCAAGAGACCAAGAAGCCCUUCGUUAAAGUGUCCUACAUAGGCCAGGAUCAACUCAUACCGGGUUGUAGUGGAGUCUACUGCCCCCUGGAGGAGUUCAAGCAGGUCCUCUCAGCGUACUCCCUGAGCGCUGAAGCCUACCACUCACUUUGUAACAGCACAGAGGGCCUGACCGAACCCUGAGCCAUUAACUCACGUCUCACCGCAGUGCUAUCCGUGACAUUACACGCUGACAGUAACCACACAUCAUGUUUCUGUUUCUUCUACAUCCUCCUCUCUCACGCCAUCCAGCCACCGUCACCAGGGAAAGCUUUCUUGAGUGUACAAAUCCUGGAUUACAGCAUCAGUUUACAUCACACUCUUAUUUCAUAGUUCCUCAUCUUCAUGUAAGCAAGGCAGUAAAAUGUUCCAUUUAGGUAGAUGGAUUUAAUGGUUAUGGCUUAUUGACAAGUAUAAGCGCAGAAUAGUUUAGCCAUACAGUGUUCACGUGAUAUCAGAUGCUUAGGGCAUAUCUGUGUCUGUUUGUAUGCAAUUAACCUGUGUGGAUGGAUGAUGAAGGCUCCAUGUUUUUCUUAUGGUCAACGAAACCUCUGGCCCUGUUUCUAAACUUUAGCAGAUGACAAAUACAUUUAUUUGCGGAGAUACUUGUUUUAGGAUAAUGUGGCAACAAUGCCGUAAUCUGACUACUGAUGCAAUUGUUCACAAUCAAAUCUUUCACAUUCAAUCAUUUCAUUCGUCAAGAGACACUGAUCAGUCCAUGCACUGGAUCUAAUGUUCGGGGAUUGAACAUUAGCAUGGAGGUGAAUGUCAUAACAAUGUAGAAUCUGCAGAAAUGUGAUAAUUCUGCUAUGGUAUGUGUUAAGAUUGAAACUUUAGGUUGCCUUCUUGUGGGGAUUUGUUGGCACCAUCAGACCACAGUAUAAUGUAUACAUGAAUACCUGCCCAUUAUAUAGACCUGUGUUACAAUAACACACAUUGUACCUCAUCAGCGGGAUUGUCCCGUGAGCUGCUGUUUAAAACACAGGUUUACAUUGGUGACUCAUAAAGAUUUCAAAUCAAUAUUAAGUCUCUUAUUUUUUGUGGGGGGGGGGGCUUACAUCACGUGUACUAUUCCUACCAGCUAAGUAAAACUUUAAUACAGGGAUUACUAAAGCACAACUAGUGUAGUAGAGUUCAAAUGCAUCAACGUGCUUGCACCUAUUUUGGAAGUGUGGUGUCCUCCGAAAGCAGCUCUCGCUAAAUACCUCGUGAUGAAAUGUCGACUUGGCAAUGCUGCUGCUCUGUAUGACUUGCUCUCCUUGUUCGAGCUCAGUUUUUGGUAAACUGGUUUGACGUGUAGAAUGAAAGACACCACCUGAUCCACAUGACUGACAAGACAUGAAUAAUCAAGAGCCAUGUGGACCCGUACAUGCGCACACGCACACACACACACACUCCAUAGACAACA